AUGUGGCUGCAAUCCUUGAGUUGCUUGACGAGAAUAUCAGAUCACCUACAAAAUAAAAUAAAGCGUGAUAGCGACAAUCAAGCUUAUCUUAAGCUAUGGAUUGAUUUACUUAAGGAGUUGAAGGAUCUCGGUUUGGAUGAUAAGGAGGAAGUUAGACUGGGUACAAUAUCGACGUUAUUCCAGUCCUUGGAUUUCUAUGGACACACUCUAUCAUCUCAAAGCUGGGAGCAAAUCAUCUGGGAUGUCAUUAUACCCUUAUUGGACAAUACCUUGUCAUCUGGCUGGCAUGAAUCGCUCACACUCGCGUUAGACUCCACGGCAAGCUUAUUUAAGAAUUAUUUGCAUUCAAAUAUCAAGCAUUUGGAAUCAUUCAACAAGCUCUGGAAGCAUUUGUGUGAUAUCCUCGAACAAGUCAUGCUUGUAGCAGACAACCAGUUGGUUAGUUCAACACUUAAAGCGUUUAUUUCAAUAGAGGAGGUCUUUAAACAGGAAGAACUAGACAAUGACAUAUAUCAAGUUAGUUGGAAUACCUCUUUGAAGUCUUUCGAUAUCAUUAAAUCAACCGAUUCACAAUUCGCUCAGGAAGGACUUGAGUUGCUGUUAAGGUUUAUAAAAUACCAUUACGACUCGCAGGGGUCUACCUGGGAUGAUAAUCGUUGCGUUGAGUAUAUCAAAUCAGUGGAUUUUGUAAUAAGAUACCCCAAUUACUCUAAUUUUAGGGCAGAUACUGAUCAUUUGACACCUCUACAAAAUCAAUCAUUGAAAUGUCUCGCAAGUGUAGAAGAACACAGUGAUAGCAUCAUGUCAACCGUUCUCGAGAUAUUUUCAGAAUGGGCGUCAUUUGCAUAUGAUAAUGAUCUAGUGCUUAAUUCUAGGGUAUCAUUUGUUGCACUAUCGAAGCACAUCAUGGGUAAUUUCACAUCAUAUGUGAGACAAUAUUGCUUGACUGGAAAGAAAGUGAUCACAAGUUCUUCAUUGAGAGCUUCACUGAUUGCUUUGAGUAUACCCCUGCGGAUAAAGUACUCUUGUCCUCCUGCUAGCAAGCGCGAUGAUAUAACUUUAUGGGAAAUUGCUCAAGACCAUUACUGCGAGUAUACUCAUGUCGUAUUGGAGAUUCUCCAGCAGCAGAAGAGUAUUAUGGAGGAUGAUGAGCAAAUGAAUAUAAUCAUCUGCUUGAUAGAGAUAAUGAGAGAUAGCUUCAAAGUUGAUAGACGGUUAGCGAUGAACGAGCCACUCGAGCGACAAGCCCGAUGGGAGAAACACGAAGUAAAACUGAUAGACAACUUCAAAGAUACUCUCCUACCCCAGUUGAGGAAUAGGAACUUACCUGAGACGCUAAUAGACGAGCUCAUUGGAGUUCUUUGUAAUGCAACAUACCCAUAUCUCAAUCCUGAAGAUUACAAAUAUGGAAGUUUGAUAGAGGAGACGACGAGUCCAGUUGAGAGAUUAUCGUAUUACCUAUUUGAUGUUUUGUUCGACAUCUGCGAAGAGAAGCUAGACCUACUGGAUUUAGUACCCAUUGUUCAAAAGCACAUCAUAUCGAGAUGUAUAGCCUCAUUUGAACGCUACUGCUGCGAUAGGGAUAUCCAUGGUAAUUAUCCGCUAACUAGGUGUAGACGGUACGAGAUAGUAUACAUUCUGAACAAACUACAUUCAUUGCUUAUCUCAAAAAAAUUGGACAAAACACUGGUACAAGAAUUGAAACUAACAUUGGCUAAAUUACUAGCAAUAAUUCAUAAUGAUCCAUUCAAUCCACGUAUAAAUAGUCAACCUUCAAGCAUAUUAAACAUUGAAUCAAAACAAUUAUCUCACAACAUCCAUCAAUUGGCUUUAAAUUGCUUGUCAAAUACAUGAUGUACAAAAAUAAUAAAA